AAAAAACAUAGACUAAAUAGACAGCGAAAGAAUCAAUCACCUUCGUUCAAGCAAGCAUCCUUUAAAGUUCAAAGUCAGAAUCAAUCCAUCAAUCAACCAGAUUGAAGAUGGACAGGCUAGUGAAAGCAGAAGCAAAGGAAGUCGAGGUGAUGUUCUUAAAGGGACAAAAGUGCAGCUCCUCCUUCAAGCUAACGAAUCUCAUGCACACCAUGUCAGUGGCAGUGUCUCUAACCACCACAAACCCAUCUCUAUUCUCCAUCAACAAACACUUUUCCACAAUUCCACCACUCUCUUCUGCAUCAUACACCCUUCACCUCUCCCACACCUCCGACCAACCCCCUCUUUCCGAUCCUCCCGAUGCCAUCACCGUCCGAGCCACCAUGCUCCCCACCGGAAAGGCCACCGUCGACCAUCUCCGCCGCCUCUUCUCCAAACCCGGCCCCCACGUCUUCCGCGACGCCGUCUUAACCAUCUCCCUAGUCGGACCCCACGUCGCCGAAUACCUCAUCUCCCAUAAACCCCAAUCCCACAACCUCUUCACCAAAGCCAUAUCCGCGUGCACGAGAUCGCAGCUCACGGGACUGCUCAAACCCGCCGUCGAAAACGGCAGCGCAGACGCCGUCGCCUACUUGCUUGACGCCGGCGCGGACGCCACCGCGACGACAGAGUCCCUCAUGCCACCGGCAAUCAGGUCCGGGAGCCUCGACGUGGUGAAGCUUCUGGAAGCUUCGGGUUGCAAGAUCGAGGAGUCAGUUCUGCACGAGGCCGCGGCGACGGACCGAAUCGACGUGAUGGAGUUUCUGUUGGAGCGUUGCGACGAGGAGUUGGAGGUGGAUUCGGUGGACUCGGAGGGGAGGACUCCGAUUCACGUGGCGGCGAGGGAGGGGCACGUGAGGGUUAUCGAGUUCUGCGUCUCGAUGGGAGGAAACCCUAAUCGCGUGGACUAUAAGGGGAGGACCCCGCUCCAUUACGCGGCGUGGAAGGGACACGUGAAGGCCGUGGAGUGUUUGUUAGAAUGCUCAAACGUGAAGUGCGUGAAGGACAGGGAGGGGAGAACGGCGUUGUGUGUUGCGGCGGAGAGUGAAGAGUCCCACGCGCGCCGGCGUUUGGUGGAUUUGCUGGGGUUGGGCGACGCGCUGAUGCGUGCGGCGAGGGUCGACGAUGUUCAGGGCGUGAAGAGGUGUUUGGGGGAAGGGGCGAGUGUGAACGGGAGGGACCAGAACGGGUGGAGCCCACUGCAUUGGGCUGCGUUCAAGGGUCGAAUAAAGAGCGUGAAGGUGCUGCUUGAACACGGUGCUGAGGUUGAUACUGUGGAUGAUGCUGGCUACACUCCCUUGCAUUGUGCUGCAGAGGCAGGGCAUUUGCAACUUGCACUCUUCUUCAUCGCUCACGGUGCUUCUCAAUCACAUCUCAAGUCCUUUCCCUAUCUUGCUGCUCACCCUCUUAACUUGUUCGACUCUUUUCAAAAUCAGGUUUCUCUUCCUUCUAAAUCUAACACACUAAUGUAUCACUGAAUCCAAAUCUCUGUUUUCUGUAUAUAUAAUGUGUAGUGUGGAA